AUGUUGAAUGAUGAUGAUGAUGAUGAUGAUGAUGAUGAUGAUGAUGAUGAUGAUGAUGAUGAUGAUGAUGAUGAUGAUGAUGAUGAUGAUGAUGAUGAUGAUGAUGAUGAUGAUGAUGAUGAUGAUGAUGAUGAUGAUGAUGAUGAUGAUGAUGAUGAUGAUGAUGAUGAUGAUGAUGAUGAUGAUGAUGAUGAUGAUGAUGAUGAUGAUGAUGAUGAUGAUGAUGAUGAUGAUGAUGAUGAUGAUGAUGAUGAUGAUGAUGAUGAUGAUGAUGAUGAUGAUGAUGAUGAUGAUGAUGAUGAUGAUGAUGAUGAUGAUGAUGAUGAUGAUGAUGAUGAUGAUGAUGAUGAUGAUGAUGAUGAUGAUGAUGAUGAUGAUGAUGAUGAUGAUGAUGAUGAUGAUGAUGAUGAUGAUGAUGAUGAUGAUGAUGAUGAUGAUGAUGAUGAUGAUGAUGAUGAUGAUGAUGAUGAUGAUGAUGAUGAUGAUGAUGAUGAUGAUGAUGAUGAUGAUGAUGAUGAUGAUGAUGAUGAUGAUGAUGAUGAUGAUGAUGAUGAUGAUGAUGAUGAUGAUGAUGAUGAUGAUGAUGAUGAUGAUGAUGAUGAUGAUGAUGAUGAUGAUGAUGAUGAUGAUGAUGAUGAUGAUGAUGAUGAUGAUGAUGAUGAUGAUGAUGAUGAUGAUGAUGAUGAUGAUGAUGAUGAUGAUGAUGAUGAUGAUGAUGAUGAUGAUGAUGAUGAUGAUGAUGAUGAUGAUGAUGAUGAUGAUGAUGAUGAUGAUGAUGAUGAUGAUGAUGAUGAUGAUGAUGAUGAUGAUGAUGAUGAUGAUGAUGAUGAUGAUGAUGAUGAUGAUGAUGAUGAUGAUGAUGAUGAUGAUGAUGAUGAUGAUGAUGAUGAUGAUGAUGAUGAUGAUGAUGAUGAUGAUGAUGAUGAUGAUGAUGAUGAUGAUGAUGAUGAUGAUGAUGAUGAUGAUGAUGAUGAUGAUGAUGAUGAUGAUGAUGAUGAUGAUGAUGAUGAUGAUGAUGAUGAUGAUGAUGAUGAUGAUGAUGAUGAUGAUGAUGAUGAUGAUGAUGAUGAUGAUGAUGAUGAUGAUGAUGAUGAUGAUGAUGAUGAUGAUGAUGAUGAUGAUGAUGAUGAUGAUGAUGAUGAUGAUGAUGAUGAUGAUGAUGAUGAUGAUGAUGAUGAUGAUGAUGAUGAUGAUGAUGAUGAUGAUGAUGAUGAUGAUGAUGAUGAUGAUGAUGAUGAUGAUGAUGAUGAUGAUGAUGAUGAUGAUGAUGAUGAUGAUGAUGAUGAUGAUGAUGAUGAUGAUGAUGAUGAUGAUGAUGAUGAUGAUGAUGAUGAUGAUGAUGAUGAUGAUGAUGAUGAUGAUGAUGAUGAUGAUGAUGAUGAUGAUGAUGAUGAUGAUGAUGAUGAUGAUGAUGAUGAUGAUGAUGAUGAUGAUGAUGAUGAUGAUGAUGAUGAUGAUGAUGAUGAUGAUGAUGAUGAUGAUGAUGAUGAUGAUGAUGAUGAUGAUGAUGAUGAUGAUGAUGAUGAUGAUGAUGAUGAUGAUGAUGAUGAUGAUGAUGAUGAUGAUGAUGAUGAUGAUGAUGAUGAUGAUGAUGAUGAUGAUGAUGAUGAUGAUGAUGAUGAUGAUGAUGAUGAUGAUGAUGAUGAUGAUGAUGAUGAUGAUGAUGAUGAUGAUGAUGAUGAUGAUGAUGAUGAUGAUGAUGAUGAUGAUGAUGAUGAUGAUGAUGAUGAUGAUGAUGAUGAUGAUGAUGAUGAUGAUGAUGAUGAUGAUGAUGAUGAUGAUGAUGAUGAUGAUGAUGAUGAUGAUGAUGAUGAUGAUGAUGAUGAUGAUGAUGAUGAUGAUGAUGAUGAUGAUGAUGAUGAUGAUGAUGAUGAUGAUGAUGAUGAUGAUGAUGAUGAUGAUGAUGAUGAUGAUGAUGAUGAUGAUGAUGAUGAUGAUGAUGAUGAUGAUGAUGAUGAUGAUGAUGAUGAUGAUGAUGAUGAUGAUGAUGAUGAUGAUGAUGAUGAUGAUGAUGAUGAUGAUGAUGAUGAUGAUGAUGAUGAUGAUGAUGAUGAUGAUGAUGAUGAUGAUGAUGAUGAUGAUGAUGAUGAUGAUGAUGAUGAUGAUGAUGAUGAUGAUGAUGAUGAUGAUGAUGAUGAUGAUGAUGAUGAUGAUGAUGAUGAUGAUGAUGAUGAUGAUGAUGAUGAUGAUGAUGAUGAUGAUGAUGAUGAUGAUGAUGAUGAUGAUGAUGAUGAUGAUGAUGAUGAUGAUGAUGAUGAUGAUGAUGAUGAUGAUGAUGAUGAUGAUGAUGAUGAUGAUGAUGAUGAUGAUGAUGAUGAUGAUGAUGAUGAUGAUGAUGAUGAUGAUGAUGAUGAUGAUGAUGAUGAUGAUGAUGAUGAUGAUGAUGAUGAUGAUGAUGAUGAUGAUGAUGAUGAUGAUGAUGAUGAUGAUGAUGAUGAUGAUGAUGAUGAUGAUGAUGAUGAUGAUGAUGAUGAUGAUGAUGAUGAUGAUGAUGAUGAUGAUGAUGAUGAUGAUGAUGAUGAUGAUGAUGAUGAUGAUGAUGAUGAUGAUGAUGAUGAUGAUGAUGAUGAUGAUGAUGAUGAUGAUGAUGAUGAUGAUGAUGAUGAUGAUGAUGAUGAUGAUGAGAACUGA